AUGCAGAUCAUAUUCUAUGAGGACAAAAACUUUCAGGGCCGGUUUUAUGAGUGCAGAAAUGAUUACCCUAAUCUAAGCCAUUACUUGGAUCGCUGUAAUUCGAUUCGAGUUCUAAAUGGAUCGUGGAUGAUAUAUGAGCGUCCUGAGUAUAUGGGAUAUCAGUAUUUUCUUCAAAGGGGAGAAUAUCCUAAUUUCCAAGAAUGGUUGGGGUUCAAUGACUCCAUCAAGUCUUGUUUAGUAAUUCCACAGUACAGUGGAUCCUACAGGCUGAGGCUUUAUGAAAGAAAUAACUUUGGAGGCAAAAUGCUAGAGGCCAUGAAUGAUUGUCCUUCAGUCUUUGAACGGUUUCAUCAGAAUGACAUACAAUCCUGCAAUAUAUUUGAUGGUUAUUGGAUUUUUUAUGAACAACCUUAUUACCGAGGACGUCAGUACUACCUGAGACCUGGAGAGUACAGAAGAUUUACUGACUGGGGUGCUAUGAAUGCCAGAGUUGGUUCUUUCAGACUGAUUAGAGAUUAG